CUCCGGGGUCCUUGACCGUGAACUGCCAAGUACUGCCACCAUCUGCUGCAGUCCGCGCGUUGUUCUCUGGCUAGGCAGUCUGGAGACUACUACCUUCGUUUGUUAUACCCCCUGCUGGCUUCGGGUUGCAUAGAACGCUUCACUUCUUAAUUUCUACAUGCCUGCUUUCCGACGAAACCCAGAUCCUGAAGACACCGACGAUGAAACUGAUACAGUCGACCCCGAGUUGCGCCUUCGCACUGUGCGGACGGCUGCUUCGACAAUCGCAGAGUCGAUACGAGCGGAGGAGCGGGCAGAGCGCAGAAAGACAAUGAGGAAGAAGCGGUCGUUCUUCCGCGGGCGCGGUGACAAGAAGCGGGCAGCUCAGGCAGCGCAGGCAGCCAAAGCGCAAGACACGACCCCUCCAUCAGAGGUUGCUGCUGCACCUCCCGUUACUGGCUUGCGUCGUAACAUCUAUGUCAAUAUGCCCCUGCCUCCGGACGAAGUUAACAGGGAGGGGGAACCCAUCGUUCGCUAUGUCAGGAAUAAAGUCCGGACUAGCAAGUAUACCGUCAUCACGUUCAUACCCAAGAAUCUAUAUGAGCAAUUUCGCAGGGUCGCGAACUUAUAUUUCUUAGCAACGGCCAUUUUGCCAGUCUUUCCCAUCUUUGGUGCCGCAUCGCCGCAGACGGCAGCUCUUCCUUUGCUUUUUAUCCUCGUAAUCACGGGAAUUAAGGAUGGCGUGGAAGAUUAUCGCCGAGCGGUUCUUGACGAGGAGGUCAACAAUUCCGCAGCAACGAAGCUCGGCGAAUGGAAGAAUGUGAAUCAGCCGUCGGACCCACGUAAGUGGUUCGAGAAGUUGCUUGGCCUCAACCCUCCGGGCAAGGUUACGAAGGGUGUCCGCAAGCUGCGUGAACGUGAAGCCGCCGAAGGGAAGCAAAUUGUACUGAGCAAGGAUGGUGAUGAGUCUCGGACGAGCCUGAGCACCAAGGACACGCAUCAUGACAGCCACGACGGUGAAGAGGGCUACUUUGCCGGUGCCGGAGGACGACGGCUGGAUGACAUUCAGAGUAUGGAUGAACACAGCUAUCCGCCGAAUGUGAGCAUAGACAUCCAGGGAAGUACAUCUACUGUGGGCGGGUUCACCACUGAGGAUAUGACUUCUUGGCGUGGUGGUUCGGGCUCGCUGACGGCAUACCAACAGUCUGUGAAGUCACGGUCGAGCACGGGCGUCGUGGACUAUCGGAAACGCGUGAAUGGCACUGCCCGAUGGGAUCGAACGCUUUGGAAAAAGCUGGAAGUGGGCGACAUCGUGCUGCUGCGAGACAACGAACAGGUUCCGGCGGAUGUCGUUGUGCUAUGUACGUCGGAUGCGGAUAACAUGUGUUACUUGGAGACGAAGAAUCUCGAUGGCGAGACCAACUUGAAACCGCGCAAGUCUGUCCGUGCAACCUCGUCCAUUACGUCCGAGGAUGACAUCGAACGAAUUUCAUUCGUCCUGGACUCGGAGCCUCCCCACCAAAACUUAUACCUUUACCACGGUGUCUUGCGAUACAACGAUCCAGUGACCGGCGCACAGAAGCAGGAAUCCGUAACGAUCAACGAGCUCCUCCUUCGUGGCUGCACUGUUCGAAACACCGCUUGGAUCAUCGGACUCGUCGUUUUCACUGGUGCCGACUCCAAGAUCAUGCUCAAUGGUGGUGAUACGCCCUCGAAACGGUCGAAAAUCGAGAAGGAAACCAACUUUAACGUCAUCGUCAAUUUCGUGGUGCUGAUUGUUAUGUGCUUAAUUUCUGCGAUUGCGAAUGGUGUCCUGGAUGGCCAGGCUGGCACAAGCGCAAAUUUUUUUGAGGAUGGUGCGGAUCCAACGGGUUCCUCGGUCGUCAACGCUAUUGUCACCUUUGCGUCAUGCUUGAUCGCUUUCCAGAAUAUUGUGCCCGUUUCGCUGUACAUAUCGAUCGAGAUUGUCAAGACUAUCCAGGCAUUCUUCAUCUCGCAAGACGUCGAUAUGUAUUAUAAACCGUUCGACGCGGCAUGCUCACCCAAAACUUGGAACAUCUCCGACGAUUUGGGUCAAAUCGAGUACAUUUUCUCAGACAAGACUGGCACGCUCACGCAGAACAUCAUGGAGUUCCAAAAAUGUUCUGUCCGUGGUGUGACAUAUGGAGAAGGCGUAACCGAAGCCCAGCGUGGUCAAGCCAAGCGACAAGGAAAGGUCGACGCAUUGGAACCCGAGGAACAGGAUCGCAGGCUUAAGGUGAUGAAAGGAAAAACGCUGGAUCUGAUGUCUCGUGCUUUCAAGAACAGGUAUCUACAGCCGGAGAAACUGACGCUGAUCUCGCCCAAGCUCGCUGAAGACCUUGCGGAUAAAUCAUCGGAACAACGCUCUCACCUAAUCGCGUUCUUCCGUGCCCUUGCGAUUUGCCACAGUGUGCUAUCAGACCGUCCCGAUUCUACUAACAAGCCCUUUCACCUUGAUUACAAGGCUGAGUCGCCAGACGAGGCUGCGCUUGUAGCUGCUGCUCGUGAUGUUGGUUUCCCCUUCGUGCACAAGUCUAAGGACGGUAUUGACAUCGAGGUGAUGGGCCAACCCGAACGGUACACUCCUCUCGAGUUGCUCGAAUUCAACAGUACUCGCAAGAGGAUGAGUGUCAUUGUCCGCAAUCCUCAAGGUCAGAUCGUCUUAUACUGCAAAGGUGCCGAUAGCGUCAUCUACGAACGUUUGGCUGCCGACCAUGACCCUGAACUCAAGGAGAAGACCUCGAAAGACAUGGAGGCUUUUGCGAACAGCGGACUACGGACAUUGUGUAUCGCGUAUCGCUAUUUGACCGAACAGGAAUAUAUGGAAUGGCAACGGAUAUAUGAUGCUGCUUGCAACUCCACCACUGAUAGGGACGAACAAAUCGACAAAGCGAACGAGAAAAUUGAGCAUUCCCUGUACAUUCUCGGAGCCACUGCCCUGGAGGACAAGCUACAAGAGGGUGUACCAGACGCAAUCGAAACUCUUCACAAUGCUGGUAUCAAACUGUGGAUCUUGACUGGUGACAAAGUCCAGACAGCCAUCGAAAUCGGAUUCAGCUGUAAUCUCCUCAAGAGCGACAUGGAGAUCAUGAUCCUAUCGGCUGACACACAUCAUGCGGCGCAGCUCCAAAUUGAAGGGGGUUUGAACAAGAUUGCGUCCGUCUUGGGUCCCCCUUCAUUAGGUCCGCAGAAGAGAGGUUUCGUGCCCGGUGCUCAAGCAGCUUUUGCGAUCGUCAUCGAUGGUGAUACUCUCCGUCACGCCCUAACACCACAACUCAAGCCGCUGUUCCUCGAUCUCGCCACGCAAUGUGAGACUGUUGUCUGCUGUCGAGUCUCACCAGCACAGAAGGCUUUGGUUGUAAAGUUGGUUAAAGAAGGCAGGAAUGCUAUGACUCUGUCCAUCGGGGAUGGCGCAAACGACGUCGCGAUGAUUCAAGAGGCUAACGUUGGCUGCGGAUUGCUGGGUUACGAAGGAUCACAAGCUGCUAUGUCCGCCGACUAUGCCUUUGGUCAAUUCCGUUUCUUAACGAAACUAUUGAUUGUUCAUGGCCGAUGGUCCUAUCAACGGAUUGCGGAUAUGCAUAGUAACUUCUUCUAUAAGAACAUGAUCUGGACGUUCGCCAUGUUCUGGUUCCUAAUCUUCAAUAGCUUUGACGCAACGUACCUAUACCAGUAUACAUUCAUCCUGUUGUACAACCUUGUUUUCACCUCGUUGCCGGUCAUUGCUCUGGGUGCUUUUGAUCAAGAUAUCAAUGCAAGAGCUGCGAUGGCGUUCCCCCAACUGUAUGUUCGAGGCAUCCGUGGCCUUGAGUAUACGAAGCUCAAGUUCUGGGCGUUCAUGUUGGAUGGUUUAUAUCAAUCUGCUGUCGUGUUUUUCAUCCCAUUCUUGGUCUGGACCUUUGGUUUGGCCGUCUCAUGGAACGGCAAGACUAUCGAAUCAUUGGCGGACUUUGGGACAACUGUCGCUGUCGCUGCUAUCUUUGCUGCUAACACUUUCGUUGGCAUGAACACUACCUACUGGACUGUCCUAACUUGGAUUAUUGUCAUCGGCUCAUCGUUCGUUAUGCUCUUGUGGAUAGUCAUCUACUCGUUCUUUGAGAGUAACGAUUUCGUGGAUGAAGUGGUGGUCCUCUGCGGGAAUGGAAUGUUCUGGCUGACCGUCCUCAUGUCAGUCGUUAUUGCACUAGGACCUCGAUUCGUCGCCAAAUUCAUCGCGAAGGUCUACUACCCACUGGAUAAGGACAUCGUGCGUGAGAUGUGGGUCAAAGGCGACUUGAAAGAUCGUCUCGGCAUUCAACACCGCAAAUCGAGGAACAACAAGGGUAGGUUGGAGCAAGCACCUAUGUUCCACCAUCCUCACGCUCGGUCCGAAUCCGAAAUCUCCACGUACCAGCAAGAUAUUGAACUAGGCGGCCUCACUGCGGGAGGCAGCAACCCAAGCUCUCUCUCUGCUUCCCCUCGCACCCCACUAACACCCGUCCAUGAAGCACAAUCACCUGCCGCGGAACAACCAUCAUACGAUCAUCUUUCACCAACUCCUAGAGAAACUAGACCAGCCGGGGACCAAAGAACUACGUCACCGUCUUUCAGAGGAUCCUACUACUCCGCUUCUGCUAUCCCCAUGUCUUCACCUGAGCCAUCAUUACAACCUGGUUACACUCUGUCCCAAGAUCCUCCCAUGUCCACCGUGUCACCUAAUCCCGUCACACCUUUUGCGCAUCCUUCCCAGGGCAGCCUACAUCCUCCACCUCAACCACAACCGUCUCCUCCGCCAGAAACGUUUGAGAUGCAUGUUCGCCAGCCAUCGGAUGAACUGUACUCACCGAGAACAGACCAUACGCAUGGAGGCGUGAGCGAGUCAUCCUACAUGACAGCCUAUGACGGCUUCACAGAUGAUCACUUACAACAGUCAGGGCACGAUCCAGAAGGAAGCUGGCGAGAGAGCACAUACUCAACAUAUUCAGCACAUGCUUUGUAGCAACAUACUCGAACAAACUGGUUCACAUCUUUCAUAUUCCUCGAGGCUCGGCAUCGUGGUAUAGUAGUUUAGACAGGCUCUUUCAUCUCCUCUUGGUUCGCUUUUAAAUUAUUCAUUGCUGCUGCUCCUGCUGCGAUCGCGUGCAUGCGGUUCUUUAUUCGCACUGACCAUGUCCCUUCGUUUUUUCCUGCUAUUGCGCUCGUUUGCUAUCUACAUCCAUGAGCAUUCCAUUUCACAUUAGUACUGUUACUAGAAACAUUGUAGUAUACCCUACUCGCCCUGACUUAUACGCUCACCGGAAUUAUUAGAAGCCUGUAUAUACUUGUUCUCGGCGGAAGUUCUGUGUUCAAGUUACUGUGCAGCAUUGACACCGCCGUCAAAAUACAGUUUCGUUUCGAAUCGUGCUAG